AUGUCGAUGCGACGCAGGGAUCUCCGUGAGUUCCUGCGAGGAAAGGAGGAGGAAAACGAACGUGCCCGUGACGCCGUUCUCCGUUCCUUGCAGGCAGAGUAUGAAAAGCUGCUGGCAAGCAAACUCUCUGCUCUCAUGUGGCAGGUAGAGCAUCACCGCCGUAGAGCUGCGUCCUCACAGGCCGAUUCCGCUGCGGUGACAGCGACGAGUAAUGUUGUGUCGGGUGAGGGCGUGGGAAGUGGCGCCAGCAACGUGAUGGCGCACUGCCAAUGCUGCAAGAUAGCACCUCGGCAUUGCUUAUGCCCUGAGCAAAACAUCAGGGUGCUGCCCCCUGACCUGCAGCAAGGGGAUGCAUUGGUUCGCCACUGGCUCGCGUGUGACGUCGCUAGCGUCAACGAGGCAGAAUUGUUUGCGGAGGCGGAAGAGACACGCACGCGGGAGCCUCUGCCGGUGACGAGCCACCCAACCACAUACAGCGGCCAGCACGGUCGUACUGAAGUUGGUGCGUCAAGGAUGCAAGUGGACGACGACGCGAAGGAGGGAGACGUGGCAAAUGAUGCGAAUGGCAUUAGGGCAAGUUUGUUCUUUGGCCCACUGGCGCGUGAAACGCCAACGCAGACGUCGUCCCACACCUACGUUGAUCCGCCUCCGGUUACGUACACAAGUUAUACCGCGAUAGCCACCACCACGCUGGCUAGACCGCCGGCGCCCGCCGUGCAGCUGCAUAAAAUGCCGACAGAGGAAGCAGUCAAGGCACAUCUCAGGAAAAAAAUUGCUUCCCUUUACAAUGACGCCGAGGACAUGAACCGGUCUCAAUCGCGGAAGGCGCAGCGUAGGAAUCUAAUAGGAUUGCCAGAGGGUUGGUAA